UCUGACGCAACGGAAACGGUGUCGUCGAGGGAAACGUCACUUGCUCUAAGUUUUCCCGCGAUUCUGGUUUUAGACUCGACUGUUUGGGAGUUCGUACGGGUUGUAUUUCUUAUGUGAUUUUGCUAUAAACACUCACAAUGACAGGCGUUUACGAGUCUCCGAAACCUAGAAUCAAUGCAUCGAUGUUGUCUCAAUACGCUGGUCGACCAGUCUGCUUCGUUGGACGCUUGGAAAAGGUCCAUCCUUCAGGAAAAGCUCUUACUCUGUCAGAUGGAGAAGGAAAGUCUGCAUCAGUGGAGCUCAAUGAACCUCUGGAUGAAGAGCUGAGUGGCAUUGUAGAGGUUAUUGGGAUGGUGUCAAACAAAGGAGCAAUUAAUGCUGUUUCAUAUACUCAGUAUCGAGAGGACAAAAUCACUUUCGAUCUGGAGCUGUACAAUGAAGGCUUGAAAGUUCUCCAUGAUUUUCCCCAGUAUUACCCGUUUGAGGUGUCAUUAAGUGGUUAAACGGCAUUCUUUUAUUUGCUUUUUACAGUUUUUGUAUAAUCUGGUAUUUACUAUUUGUAAAAAAAAAAUAUGUUGGAAUUGUUUUGUUUUUGUUACUUAAAAUAAAACAUCAAAAACC